AGCAAUGGUGGAUAAAGUUGUUUUCGAUGGAAACCAAAUAGUUUACAUCAUGUGAACGCCUCUAUGUAAGCCCGAAAAGCGACUCCUCUCUUGCAGCGUCACAAUAAUGUGAUAAAUUGAGAGACAGGAGAUAAUAUGUCGUUGUUUAAAACACGUGAUUGGUGGUCUGUGGCCGUAGGUGAAGAUGAAGAGUUUGAUCAUGGUUGUCUGUGUAUUGGUAAUAUAGAUAAUAUUCCUGAUAAUGUAGAUAAAAUAAUAAUUGGUAGUUUUCAUGGUAUACUAAGAAUUUACAACCCACAUCCAACGAAGACCGAAAAUGGCUGGAGUGGGUAUAAGGUGGAAGAUGUCAUGGUAGAACAAGCUUUUCAGCUUCCUAUAUUACAGAUAGAAGUGGGUAAAUUCUCAUCAGUUACUGAAAAUUUACAAUUGGCUGUUUUACAUCCGAGAAAACUGGCUAUUUACAGUGUGAAAGCUAUAUCUGGUACAGUAGAACAUGGUCAACAAUAUCAAAUACAGAAAUUAUAUGAACACAAUCUACAGAGAACUACCUAUAAUUUUUGUUAUGGUCCAUUUGGAGGAAUUAAAGGAAAAGAUUUUAUAUGUGUGCAAUCUAUGGAUGGAACUGUGUCAUUUUUUGAACAGGAAAGUUUUGCGUUUAGUCGUUUCUUACCUGGAGCCUUAUUACCAGGUCCUUUAAAAUAUGUUCCUCGUCUUGAUAGCUUUAUUACUGUUUCUUCAUCCUGGCAUGUUGAAUGUUACAAAUAUCAGUCAAUAGCAGCAGCCUCACAGACACCUGGUGUAGAUGAAACACAGAAUAUUAAAUCAGGCAAAAAGAUUGUUGUUGAUUGGACUUUUUCUAUUGGAGAAGCAGCGUUAGAUAUAAAUGUUAUUGCUUUCCCCCAAGCUCCAUCUUCUAUACUUGUAUUAGGAGAGAGGAAUUUAUAUUGUUUAACAGAAGGUGGUUUAUUACGUUACAUGUCUAAAAUGGAAUUUGAUCCAUGUUGUUUUUUACCAUAUGGUUCAAUGACAGAAGGGACUAUAAAUUAUAUAGUAGCCACAACCACCAAGUCUCUUUUAGUCUAUCAAGAUGUCACAUUAAAAUGGGCAGCAAAAGUAGAACAUUGUCCAGUUCAAGUAAAAGUUGCAAAUUUUCAAGAUUUAAAAGGAAGUAUUGUUACAUUAAGUGAUGACGGUCAUUUACAGUGUUCGUAUCUCGGAACAGAUCCAGCCAUCUUUAUACCACCAGCUACAGACGCUAGAGAUUUGAAUUACAAAGCUAUGGAUGCCGAGAUGGAAAUACUACAGAAAAAAAUACGAGAAAAAGCACAUAAAGCUGUGAUAACACCAAAUUUAAAAACAGAUGAUGAUUUACAGAUUACAGUCCAUGUUAAUCAACACUUAGAUGAUGAUGGUUCAUCCGCAGCUCAUGAUGCACAAAUACCUGGUGAAAAAGUUCCGUCCAUCACAGCCAGAAUUGUAUUAAAAGCCAAAACCUUAGUAGAGAAUAUUCAUGUUGAUAUUCAUACUAACAGACCAUUAACAUCAAGUCAACACAGCUUUACCUUAUCUUCUCUAGAAUCUGGUAAAAGUACAGAAUUGGUUGUUCAGUUUUAUAUGAAAUAUUGCAGUUUACCUUCAACCUUAUCAGCAGAAGUAUCCGCUAAAUAUCCCAGUGCUACUGGUGCUCCAAGAGUUGCAACAGCUAAAAUUAAAUUACCAUUAAAAUUAGUGGUAAAACCAGUAUUUCCUGUAAAGAAUGCUGAACAUAAGUUAACUAUAGAUACCAAUAAACCACCUGUUAGUUUAAAUGAUAUAUUCCCAGAUUUAUUAGGAGAGAAUGCUGGAAGCGCUGGAGCUGCUGGAGCUGCAUUAGGUUUUCAGUUUUUUGGUGGACCAGUUGUUACUAUAUUGGCUUCUAAAUCAUCACAGCGUUACAGAAUACAGUGUGAUCAGUUUGAAGCUAUGUGGUUACCAUUAAAAGAUUUAGUUGGUCGACUGACAUCACAUCUUAAUCGUGGCAGAUCAGGUGAUUUCAAGGCUUCAUUUGACGGUUCCUUACCCUUACAAGAAUAUUUUGAGUUAAUAGAAGCUCAUUUUGAGUAUCGUAUGAAUGCUGUAAAAUGUGAGGAAAUGUUAGGACAGAGGGCGUCACAGUUCCGUGUUAUACAGAGACGAUUAUUAACAAAGUUUAAAGAUAAAACUCCCUCACCAUUACAAAAUCUAGAUACAUUAUUAGAAGGCACAUAUAGACAGUUAUUAGCGUUAGCAGACGCUAUAGAAGAUAAUAAUCAGGCUCAGAAUAAUACGUCAGAUAAUUUAUCUAGUGGAACAAAUCUACUCAAUUAUUUAAUUAAACUAUGGUUAGAUUUAACGGAGGAAGAAUUCAGUGUUUUAACAUCUGUUAUAACACCUAUAGUUAAUGAUAAUCAUCAACAUGGAUGGGAGGAAAUGGUAGAUGCAGCUGUAACACAUUUAUUACGAACAGUCUUGGCUAAAACAGCGAAAGAUACGUCCAUUAAUCCAGCACCAUUAACUAUUCCAUCAGAUGCAAGUAAAGUAAAGAAACAUAUAGCUUUAAUGUGUGAUAGACUUGGUAAAGGAUGCAGAUUAAUAGAAGGAUUACGAGAGAGAUCUGAACAUAAACAGAAAUUGCCUGCACCAAAGAAGACAAGUAUUACUGAAAAUGGUACAAUUAAUGAGACGCCAGAAUCUCGACCUGUAGAUAAUAUAGUUAAUUUGAAAUAUAAUGAGAAAAAGAAGAAGAAGAAAUUACCUCCAUUAGCUGGAGAUAAUAUUGGUACAGCCAUGUUUGAUUCGGAAACGUUUGGUUUACCUGUGACAGACAUUCCUGAUGGUGAUAAUUUUAAUGAAAAAAGGCGUCAAAAGAAGAUAGAAGCCAUAGUUCCUAAUCUAGAUGAUAUGGAUAAUCAAGAUGAUGAUAAAAACAUCAACCAGACAGACAGUCAAGCUCUUUUUGCAUUAUGAUGAAGAAGAUCAGGAAGAAUUGAAGUAUUCAGAUGAGAUUGUAUUUGUAACAGUACAAAGAUUUGCUCACCAUAGAAUUAUAGAGAAAUAUAAAUUAAUUAUUGCUUGCAUUUUAUUUAUGCUAAUAAUGCUAAUGAUUCCAGAUCAUAUUCAUUCUGUCAUAUUCUGGUUCUGCUUUAAUAAAAACAAAAAUAAAACUAAAAUUUUUUAAAAAGUUCACGUGUAUUAAUUUAUACUAGGUUUUUAACUGCCAGCCAAUGAAAUGGCUGCAUCCUUAAAACAUUUUAGUUUAAGAUUUUGUGAAUAAGUCACCAGGCCUUUGACGCCAAGUUUGAUUAAUCAGGAAGUUCACGUCACAUACAAUUCUUCUGUAUAGUAGUAGAUCUACGAAUAUAAAUUUUUGAAUCUCUUCGUUUUCUGAUGUAAUAAAUUAUGUAGAUUUUGUAUCCCCAAAAAAUCCACUGAACCUUAUUUUUUAAACUUUAAUGUUUGUAUAUGUGUAAGAGCUUUGUUAAAAUUGUUUGAGUACCAGUAGUUGCAGCUGGUCAUCAAAUAAUGGAGUACCUCAAGGACCAGUGUUUGUAAUUUAUUAGUAUUUGCUAUUCUUAUUUCAUUUUCAAUGUUUGUUUUAUUUCUCUACAAGAUGUCAAUCCACCAUGAAAGCCUUUGUUUUUAUUUGUGAUGUUUUGAAUUAUUUAAUAGAGGUACGAAACCUUAUGGUUGUUGUUGAUAGAUGCAUGUCAUAAUAAUGACCACAUCUAGGAAUAUAUCAUAUUAACCCUUUAUGACCUCAUGUAAAUAUUGAAUAUUCCAGUUCCAAGUCAUCAAGCUAUUGUGAAGUUAAGCCAUGUGAUUCAUGAUUAGCAUCUAUAUUACAAUAAAUUGGAAUACAAUAGAAAUAAUAAUGUGUGUUUUAUGUGUUUAAUGUUGAUUAUUUUUGUGGUACCGGUAGUGCUAUAUUUGUUAAAGGAAAUGAAAUGAAAUGUGUACUAUGAGGGAAAUUUUGUCUAAACAGUGGCACUACAGCCUACACUUAUAUUGAAUGCCUGCUAUACGAAUCUUUUAAGUGCACACCGGUGUGUACACAGGGCCUCAGUUUUUCAUCUCAUCCGAACGACUGACUAUUGACACAGGAUACAACGCAGGAAAAUCCUGAUAAACUUUCUCAACCAACACCAUUAUUGAACAUGAGACCUCCAGGCUAAAGAGCUAAUAAUGUCUUACUCACUGAGCCACCGUGGCUCAUAAAAAAUAAAUUUGUUAAAGGACCAACCAGCCAGCACUUCACAUAUCUCAAAAGUUAAAAUAUGUACCAUACAGGAUUGUUAAUACUGUGUAAUUAAGGACAUCAGAGUAUAAAUAAAACUCCAUGAAGAUGUCAUAAUUAUUAUUAUUAUUAUAUUUAUCUUAGACACAUAAAGAUGGUGGUAUAAAUUCAGUAGAAACAAAUGUAAGCCUAAUUUGUAAUUGGUCCAUUUGAUUCAUUUUUUUAUGAUUGUGUAUGUUGUAUGAUUGUGUAUAUUUAAUCUUUAAUCUGGGAUGUUGUCGCUUUAAACCAGUGAUGUCAGUAUGGAUAUAAUAGACUGUAUAAAAACAACUGACCAGAUGUCCAACUACUUGUAAAUAUUUCUAUAUGUUUAUCACAUUGACAAAUCUACAUAUAUGGAUGAAAACUCAAUCCGUCCUCUGAAAAUUGUAUUAUUUUAUUUUUAUAUACACAGUGUAAAAUAAUUUAUUGUUUUUGAAAAUCACAUUCACAAAACAUUCUCGAACAAAAUUAAAACAGAUCCAUUAAAGCUUAUGUAAUAUGUUAUUGGACUACACUAUAUAUACAUAUCUUUUAUUUAAUAAAUUUUGUCUUUGCACAUGUUGAAAAAUUCAAAUGUUUAUCUAGGGGAAAGUAUUAAAUUUCAGUCUGCCUUAUUACUUCAUUGUGGAUGCUGAUUGUCAGCCUUAAAUAAAGGUUUUUUCACUUCACAGACACUGUCUGUGAAAAUGCGUAAAUUGUUAAUUUGUUUUGAGAAUGUUUUGUUGUCAAUGGGUGUGUUGUGUUUAUUUUUUGAAGAAUAUUUUUAAUUAUUUAUCACGAUAAAUAUGCAGUAUGUAAAUUAUGUACAUCAUUGUUGUUAUGUAUAAAUAAUGUUUUAAAAAGUGAAAUGGAUCCACUAUUUAUUUAUAUAUGAUAUUGUUCAUAUUCUAGACGCCAAUUUAUAUAUAAUUUAUGUAUACUCGGAGGUAGGGGGGAUUUAAAUAGCAAUAUUAGAUAAAACUCAGUAAUUUUUAAACAUGAAUAUCUCACUCCCCAUCAUUUCUUGGUUAUGAAACCGCACAUGUUGAAUUUGAUGUUUCCUACUUAUAUUGAAUUGCCUAGACAAAAAUUAAACUUUCUUCAACACCAUAUUAAAUGUUUGGUUCUGAAUACAAUAUGUUAUAACAAACAGAAGCUAAAUGAAAGUACUGUAAAUUAUGAAUGGAAGUAAAAUAAAUUCUAUAACUACAUA